AUGCGAACGAUUCUUGACCAUGUGGAUAAUGUCCAGGAAAUACACAGUAAUCAAGGAGACUUUAUAGUAUUGCAAUCAUAUGCAGUAGAGCUACAAGCAAGAAGACCAAGGGCUGCUCUAUUGCAACGAAUAGGGUCCAGAAAGCAUAAGUUAAAGCGGGAGAACUCGAUCAAAAAUCCAUUAAGCGUCAGCAGGGAGUUGACAUGGGGUAUAAUGAUGUGCCUCGAAAAGGAGGACCAAGGCAAUCGAUUCUCCGCUCAAUACAAGGCAUGUUCAGCCAUAAUGAUACAUCGGCGAUCUUACAAUACAAAACUAAUAUUAUCCCAUUGUUUGGCUACAUCAAUCGAACACGAGGACCGUGGGUGUGCAAUGAACGUACAAGUCACACCUGAAAUGAACCAUCUAGUGGAUUGCGGCACUCGUUCUUUAUUGAAUGAUUGUAAGGCACCGAUGGUUCCGUUAAGUGAAAAUGGACUAGGAGAAGAGGCCCAGAUGGAAGCAGUUGGCCAUUAUUUUGCUCUCCUUGAAUGA